AUGAAUACUAAAGAUACAUCUAGCACCGGCAAAGCCAAGCCAUUUUUAAUAACAGAACAGAAUCGCCAUCAUCAAAAAGGAAGAAAGCUUAGCGCAUGCGUGGGCCGGAACCAGACAUGGCACGAGGACUGCACGAGCACGCCCUGGAGUAACAGGACAUGGAGCAUCCAGAGGCUCGCCACACAGGUCGACUGUGACGCUUUCCAAGGCACGAGGUCAGAGAUCGACUGUUGUAGGUCGAUGAUAGGUGAGUUUUUAUUCAAGGGAAUGUACUCUACAUUAAACGACAAUGCUUUUGGAGCAAUCAUGCUGGUUAUCUCCCUUACCAUUCUCUGCCUAUGUCUGGUCGCCAUUAUCAAACUGCUGCACUCCCUUCUCCAAGGCCCCAUCGCUCUCAUCAUCAAAAAAUUCAUCAACGCGGACUUUCCCGGACCGCUGGGCUACCUCACCGGAUACCUCGCCAUCAUUAUCGGCGCCGGGUUGACCAUCAUCGUCCAUAGCUCCUCCAUCUUCACCUCCACCCUCACCCCGCUCGUCGGCAUCGGGGUCAUCAAACUCGACCGGAUGUACCCUUUGACCCUGGGGUCAAACAUCGGCACCACGACCACGGCGAUUCUCUCAGCCUUAGCCAACACGGACGGCCUCAGAAACGCGUUACAAGCAGCCUUCUGCCACCUCUUCUUCAACAUCACCGGCAUCCUCCUGUUCUACCCCAUCCCCUACCUCCGCAUCCCCAUCCCGCUUGCCAAAUUUCUAGGCAACUGCACGGCCGAAUACCGCUGGUUCGCCAUCGUCUACAUCCUCCUCAUGUUCUUCCUCUUCCCCGCCCUAGUCUUCGCUCUCUCCAUCCCGGGCUGGUACGUCCUCCUCGGCGUCCUCGGGCCCGUCUGCCUUCUCUUCAUCAUCAUCGGCGUCAUCAAAUGCCUGCAGGCUAAACGUCCCCAGAGCCUGCCCAGAAAGCUCCAAGACUGGAUGUUCCUACCCCAGCCGCUACGGUCUUUGGAACCCUAUGAUCGCGCCAUGCAGAAAGUCUUCUUCUGCAAGCGGUUACAGACAGACUCGACCGAGAAGACAGACACUGGUGCCACGUCAGACAGACAACCUAACGGAGAGUCCAGCACGCGACUUUAG